AUGUCGCCGUCGCCGCCCAGUGUCAACGGUGCAGCCGCCGUCGAGGGUGCCGAUCUCGACAAGAAUCCUCCCGUUGAGGUCGACUCGGCUGCUGUGAGCCGUCUGCAUCUCGAAUCGUUGUCUGCUUCUACGCGAGCCGUCCACGCCGAUGACCCCCUGAAUGUGGUCGCUGACGUUGCGCCUCCGGUGCAUAUGAGCACGACCUUUAGGUAUCCGGAGGACCCUGCACAAUUGAAACCGUUCCACCAACGGCGCCCUGAUGAAUAUGGUUUGACUGAGCACGUCUACUCGCGGUACACUACUCACAGUACCUCCCGAUUAGAGUCUAUCCUGGAGUCUCUCUUGCAUGCUCCCUGCUUGACAUACUCAUCGGGCUUAUCUGCCUUCUACGCUCUGCUUGUCCACCUCAAUCCAAAGCGAAUCGCCAUUGGAGAUGGCUACCAUGGCUGCCAUGGUGUCAUUGGCGUCCACCAGCGACUGACAGGGUGCAAGAAGCUACCGCUGGACUGCGACCCCCAAGAGCUGUCGGAAGGUGAUCUGAUCGCUUUGGAAACACCCGUCAAUCCAACCGGCAAGGCCUUUAAUAUUCAGCACUAUGCUGAGAAAGCUCAUUCCAGAGGCGCUUACCUGAUGGUCGAUUCAACAUUUGCACCCCCGCCGUUGCAGGACCCUUUCAAGCAGGGAGCUGAUGUAGUCAUGCAUUCCGGGACAAAGUACAUCGGCGGCCACUCAGAUUUGCUGUGCGGUGUGCUGGCUUUCAAGAACGAAGAGUGGUUGCCGAGGCUACGAACAGAUCGACAGUUCUUGGGUUCAGUCAUGGGCGGCUUGGAGGGAUGGCUCGGUGUCAGAAGUGUUCGCACCCUCGAGCUGCGGGUGCUGAGGCAGAGUGAGACCGCUCAGCGCAUAGUUGAAGCGCUAGACGGGGCCUUGACGGGCCACACCGUAGGCACUGGUCUGUCUCAGUCGGACGUUGAUGCCAUCAAGCCCGUGGUGAAAGCGGUGACGCAUGCCAGUCUGCAGACUGACGACUACAAGACCUGGCUGAGGAAGCAGAUGCCUGGAGGAUUUGGUCCAGUCUUCUCCAUUGCCUUGAAGUCCGCAGACUAUGCGAGGCACUUGCCCGGCAAACUACAAUUGUUCCACCAUGCCACCAGCUUGGGCGGCGUGGAGAGCUUAAUCGAAUGGCGCACCAUGACGGAUAGCACAGUCGCAGCUGAUGUCCUUCGAGUGAGUAUAGGAAUCGAAGACGAGAGGGACUUGUUGGAUGACCUCAUUCAAGGCUUCCGAGAAGUGGCCAAGCUGCCACAGUAG